CUUGCGCGUUAUUCUGCUUUCUCCUCUCACCUUGCCCGCACCACAAGGUUUUUCCUCCUCUCUACAUUUUUUGCUGUGCGCGGCGCGAUUUGAUGAUUGGAGGACAUGUUGGACACUCGUUCACGUCACAAUCAGUCAAAGCCAAUGCGGUUUUCCGAUACCUUUGGCCUCCCACGUUUGUCAACUUGGGCCAGCUCCAGCUCAUCUUGUUUGAACUGGUCUGGUCCGGUUGCUCUAUUGCUCGGUCGCGCUCUCGUUUGCGUGAUUUUUGGGACUUUCUUCCUCCUCCACCUGGUCUGUUUUGUUUGAAGUUGUUCUAACUGGGUCUGAUCUUUGACUUUUUUUUUCUUUUUUUUUUUUCUUUUUUUUUCUUUGGCCUAUUUUGGUCUGAAAUUCUUUUGAUUCUGUGAAGUUUGAUCCAUCUUCGUCAUACCAAGGCAUAUUUUGUGUCUUUUUUCUACUUUGAUUUGGCCCAUAUACACCUUUGAAAGGUGUAUACAACUUGAAUUUUCUUUCUUUUUUUAGUACUUAGAGAUAUAGAUUUAAGCCUCAAUUUGACUACAUGAACCCCAGAUUCAGGUA